AUGGCGUGUGCGGCCUUGAGUGUCACGCAGGUUGAUGGAGUCAUGCCCCCUAGAUCACCCCAUUGUGGAGGCCUUUGGGAGGCUGCUAUUAAGUCAUUUAAGUACCACUUUCGUAGGGUGGUGGCAAGUGAGAAACUAUCAUUUGAGGAUCUGUGCACAAUCACCGCACAAAUUGAGGGCACACUAAACAGUCGCCCAAUUACUGAGAUUUCCAAUGAUCCUUCAGAUCCUCAGGCUCUCACACCUGGCCAUUUCCUUGUUGGCCGCCCUUUGAUAGAUUUGCCCUCACCUUGUCACCUUCAUCUGGCAUCUGGUCGCUUGGACUCCUGGCAACAUUGUCAGAAAAUAGUUGAAUCUUUUGCAAAGAUGUGGAAACGUGACUAUCUCACAGCACUUCAAAAGAGGAAUAAGUGGUUUGCUGAAUCUCCUAAUCUCAAGAUAGGAGAUAUCGUCACAAUAUACGAAGACAACGCCCCGCCCCUUUCAUGGCCACUUGGAAGGAUUAUUGAAACUCAUCCGGGACAGGACGGAAGAGUCAGAGUGGUCACUGUGCAAACUCCGAGAGGCAUUUAUAAGCGUUCCAUUCACAAACUCUCCAAAUUGCCUGAGGAAGGAUUAUCACCUUCGUCCUAA